AGAACCAAAAGAGAAGAUUGUAUUGUAUUGUAUCGAGGAAAUUAAGGAUGGCUAGGACGGUGGCAAGAACCUUGGCUGCUCCAUUGUUGUUUCUCAACUUGAUAAUGUACUUAAUUGUGUUGGGGUUUUCUAGUUGGUGUCUCAAUAAGUUCAUCAAUGGCCAAACCCAUCAUCCUAGUUUUGGAGGAAAUGGAGCUACUAUGUUUUUCCUGGCGUUUUCGAUACUGGCAGCAGUACUGGGGAUUGUAUCGAAAUUCUGUGGCGGGAACCACCUGAGAGUGUGGAGGAACGACAGCCUGGCGGCCGCUGGAUCCUCGGCGAUAGUUGCCUGGGCUGUAACCGCCUUAGCUUUCGGGUUGGCGUGCAAGGAGAUUAACGUGGGAGGGUGGAGGGGGUGGCGGCUGAGAGUGCUGGAGGCGUUUGUCAUCAUCCUGGCGUUCACACAGUUGCUGUAUGUGCUGAUGCUCCAUGCGGGCUGGUUCAGCAGUCGCUACGGGCCGGGCUACCGGGAUAACGACUACGGCAUGGGCAUGGGCGGGCCCACGGCUGAGAAGGGAACCACCGGCGUUACCGGCACCAGGGUUUAAUUAAUUACGUCAUUUUCAGAUUGCAAAACGUACAAGCUUAGUUUGUUGUAUUUAUGGUUGGUGUGUAGUGUUAAUUAGGAGUUUGCUUAUACUGGCAACAAAUGGGCUGGUGAACUACUUUUGUUGUGGUUUGCUUACUUUGUGUGUUGUUCUGCUGCGUGUAUUUUGUUGUUGAUUUUAUAACGUACGGUGAGUUUUGUUGUUUUUAUAUUUGGUCCCGAGCUCUGGAUGCGAUGGGAUGUGCAAUUUGGGCUAUGCGCAUUUUAUAUAUUACCGUGCACAUUCGAGUUUCAA